UUUUAGAAGAAAAUUUCUUUAUAUGAAAAGGCUAAAUAAUAUUUUCCUCAACUUUUUUAAUAAAAUGUCAACAAAAAAUUCGCCCAAAUCUGCUUUUGAAAAAUUGGGAUUAAAUAAAAAUCCAAAAGAAGUAACAGAAGAGGAAUGGAAAAAAGUAUUGACUCCGGAACAAUUUGAAAUUACGAGGAAAGCUGGGACGGAACUCGCAUUCACUGGAAAAUAUGAUAAACAUUUUAUUUCUGGUGGAAAGUAUGUUUGUAUUUGUUGUGGCGCUGAUUUGUUUGUGUCAGAGAAUAAAUUUAAUUCGGGUUGUGGUUGGCCAGCAUUUUCAAAAUCAAUAGAAGCUGAUAAAAAUAUUACUCGAUUGCCUGAUCAUUCUUUUGGACGAAUUAGGACAGAAGUUCGAUGUUCCGUCUGCAAUGCACAUUUGGGACACGUUUUUGAUGAUGGACCUCAAAAAGAUGGCGGUGAACGUUAUUGCAUUAAUAGUGAAUCUAUUGACUUUGUUGGAUCUGAUGAUAAAAAGGAAGGGGAAAAUUGA